CCCCUUUGUCCCGCCCGGACUCGUUGUCGCCGGUGCUCCCGCGUCCCGCUCCGCAGCCCCGCCGAGCCGCGUCCCGCUCGCACGUGAAACCUCCAAAAGCACUUUCCCUUCAGGCUGUGAUGGGAUUGGUCUGGUGGUUGCUGCUCUGUGUCCCCACGCUGUCACCCAUAUUUGCUGAGGGGGUCACACGAGUCUAUUACCUGGGGAUCCAUGAGGUGGACUGGAACUAUGCUCCAACAGGGAGGAAUGUGCUUGCUAACCAGAGCAUUGCUCAUAACCGCCAGGCCGCAGCCUUCCUCCAGCCUGGGAAAGACAGGGUGGGAAGCACGUACAAGAAAUCUGUUUAUAAGCAAUACAUGGACUCCACGUACACCACUGAGAUCCCCAAACCUGGCUGGCUGGGGUUUCUUGGGCCUGUCAUCCGAGCAGAAGUGGGAGAUACCAUUAAAGUACACCUAAAAAAUUUUGCUACUCGACCGUAUACAAUCCAUCCUCAUGGUGUUUUCUACGAAAAGGACUCUGAAGGAUCCCUGUAUCCCGAUAUGUCCCCCCAGGAUCAGAAGAAGGAUGAUGCCGUUUUCCCAGGAGGGAAUUACACCUAUACUUGGACUGUCCCUGAAGAUCACAGCCCAACUGCUGAUGACCCAAACUGCUUGACCUGGAUCUACCACUCUCAUAUUGAUGCACCAAGGGACAUUGCAUCUGGAUUGAUUGGGCCAUUGCUUACAUGUAAAAAAGGAAUACUGACAGGCAGCUCUCAAAGACGCCAGGAUGUGGAUGUUGAUUUCUUUCUGAUGUUCAGUGUGGUGGAUGAGAACCUAAGCUGGUACCUGGAUGAGAACAUAGCAUCAUUUUGCAGAAAUCCUGGCUCUGUAGACAAAGAAGAUGAGGAAUUCAAGGAGAGCAACAAAAUGCAUGCUAUUAAUGGUUAUGUGUUUGGCAACCUCCCUGAGCUGACGAUGUGUGCUGGGGAUGAUGUUUCAUGGCACCUCUUUGGGAUGGGAAAUGAAAUUGAUGUUCAUACAGCCUACUUCCAUGGAGCAACACUCAAUAUCCGAGGCCAUAGGACAGACGUGGCCAGCCUCUUCCCAGCCACUUUUGUUACAGCAGAUAUGAUCCCCAGUGACACUGGGAGAUGGCUGCUGAGCUGCCAGGUCAAUGAUCACAUACAAGCUGGAAUGGCAGCACUGUAUGAAGUCCGGCCCUGUUCUCGGCAAGCUCUGGCACCCACCCUGGAAGGGAGAGUUCGGAAAUACUACAUAGCUGCCAAGGAAGUGCAGUGGGACUACGGACCGUCAGGGCGUGAUCAGAGCAGUGGGAAGCAGCUGAGUGAGGCAGGCAGCCCUGCUGAGCAGUAUUUCAAGCGUAGCCUCUACCGUAUUGGGGGUGUCUACUGGAAGGCAAAGUAUGUAGAGUACACUGAUGAGAGCUUCCGUGAGGAAAAGCAGCAAUCAGAAGAAGAGAAACACCUUGGAAUACUCGGUCCAGUGAUCAAAGCUGAAGUUGGAGACACCAUCCUGGUGACGUUUUUUAACAAAGCUUCCUGGCCCUUCAGCAUCCAACCACACGGAGUGUCCUAUGGAAAGGCGUGGGAAGGGAUGUGGUACCAUGACGGCCUGUCUCAGAAUGGGAUGUCUGUGGCCCCACUGCACAACUUCACAUACCGCUGGACUGUGCCGAGGCACGUGGGGCCCACGUCCAGUGACCCUCCCUGCCUCACCUGGAUGUACAGCUCAGCUGUGAACCCUGUCAAAGACCCCAGCUCGGGCUUAGUGGGGCCUCUGCUCAUCUGCCAGCCAGGCACUUUGGAUGACAACAACAAACAGAAAGGGAUCGACAGAGAAUUUUACCUUCUCUUCAGUGUGUUUGAUGAGAACCUCAGCUGGUAUUUAAAUGCCAACAUAAAGUACUACUUGAGAAUGGAAGAGACAUCUGUAAAGAAGGAUGAUGGCUUCAAGGAAUCCAACAGGAUGCAUGCCAUCAAUGGAUUUAUGUUUGGUAACUUGCCUGGGCUGGAUAUGUGUGAUGGAGACAAAGUGUCCUGGCACCUCCUGGGCUUGGGCAGCGAAGCAGAUGUACAUGGAGCUGUGUUUCAGGGAAACACCCUGCAGAUGAACGGCAUGCGGAGAGAUUCAGCCAGUCUGUUCCCCCACACAUUUGCUACUGCCUUCAUGCAGCCAGAUAACAGCGGGACCUUUGAGAUCUACUGCCAGACGAGCAAUCACUACCAGUCUGGAAUGAGGGAACAGUAUGUUGUUUCCAAGUGUGGAAAGAGGGACCCUGCUCCUUCCCGUCGGUACACUGGAGUGCGGACGUACUACAUCGCGGCCGAGGAGGUGGUGUGGGACUACGCGCCCGACCGGAGCUGGGAGAGGGAACGGCACAACCACUCUGCAGAGAGCUACGCCGACGUGUUUCUGAGCAACGAGAACGGACUGCUCGGCUCCAGGUACAAGAAAGCAGUUUACAGGGAGUACACGGAUGGCACUUUCCAGACCCCCAAAGCCAGGAUAAAUGGUGAUGAACACCUAGGGAUUUUGGGUCCUUUUCUGUGGGCAGAAGUGGGCGAGAUUCUCAACGUGGUGUUCAAGAACAACGCCUCGCGGCCCUACUCUGUGCACGCACACGGGGUGCUGGAGCGGCACACAGGGCAGCCACAAGUGGCAAACCCCGGUGACAUUGUGACAUACCGGUGGGAAGUUCCUGAGAGAUCUGGUCCAGGGCCAAAUGAUUCAGCCUGUGUUCCUUGGAUCUACUACUCCACGGUUGACACAGUAAAGGAUAUGUACAGUGGGCUGAUCGGGCCGCUGAAGGUCUGCCGGAGAGGGGCCCUGCGGUCUGAUGGGACCAGGAAGGACGUAAAGAGGGAGUUUGCUCUGCUGUUCCUGGUUUUUGAUGAAAAUCAGUCCUGGUACUUGGAGGAGAAUGUGAAACAUUACAGUAAGGGAAAUCAUGAGGAGAUCAGCCUGAUGGAUGAGAAAUUUGUGGAAAGCAACAAAAUGCACGCAAUCAAUGGCAGGCUUUAUGCCAACUUGCCUGGGCUGACCAUGUACCAGGGAGAGUGGGUGAACUGGUACCUGCUGGGGAUGGGUCAGGAGAUUGAUGUCCACACAGUCCAUUUUCAUGCUGAGACCUUCAUAUACAAGAAUGGCAAAAGCUAUAGAGCAGAUGUUGUAGAUCUGUUCCCUGGGACCUUUGAAACGGUGGAGAUGCUGGUUGGGAACCCUGGGACAUGGCUGCUUCACUGUCAUGUGUCUGACCAUAUCCAUGCCGGGAUGGAGAUCCUCUUCACCGUCCUGCCUAGAGCAGAGUCAGAGCUGGAAGUUGUGAGCGUUACUGCAGGGUUGCCAUGUGAGGAUGAGUUCCAGAAGAUUAUGCUUUUUGGAUCUAAGGUGGCCCAAGGGCAGAUAGAGGCCACAGUCAUCGCUCUGGCUGUUGUGGGGGUCCUGCUGCUCCUGGUCGCCGGCAUCCUCCUGGGAACAGUCAUCCAUCUGGAGAGGCAAAAGAGGCUACGACGCAAUCGGAGAUCCAUCCUGGAUGACGGAUUCAAACUCAUGUCUCAAAAGAAUUCCGGGCUCUAAAAGCCAUGUACAAACAUUGGGCUGUGUGAUUGGAGCAGGGGCUGGAUCCUUGUCCACAGAAAAGAUUUUGGGGCAUCAUUUCAAUUGUGUACUGUACUUCUAGAAGCUGAGGAGGGGAAGCUGGAACCCUGACUUCUUCAUAUAUCCUUCUCAGCCCUCUGUAAAGAAAACGUCUGUCUGUGAGAGACCCAAGAGAUUUGAACUGACUGAAGACAAGUAACGAGUGAAAAAGGUCCUUCUUAAAUGCUCCUCUUCCCCUGAGAAAGAAGGGAGACAUUUUCUUCUCUCCAGAACAACUCCACUUGGUUUUUCCUUGCAGACUAGCUCAGGCCCCAUUCCAGUCUUGCUCCAUUGCCAGAACUGAGUUGGGAAUUAUCUCCCAAAAAACUGUGAGCCAUUAAAGUAAUUAUUGUCAAGCGGGGGGGGGGGAUAAUAUUUUCAGUUUUGUGAAUCAAUUAAGAAUACAGAAGAGAAAUUGUUAA